AUGGGACAAGCCAGCAGUCAUCAUCGCAAUCAAGAGGAUCAACCUUUUGAUUUUGCCACUACCAAUCCAUCAACGACAGCUCCUACAACAACAACAACCACAACCACUCAACCCAUCAUUCACAAAGAAGAAUUACUUCAUCACUUGUUGUUGAUGGGAAGUUCCAAUUCGGGAAAGACUCUUUUUGCUAAAAUGUCAAAUUUAAUAUUGGAAGGAUCCAUGACGAGUCGAUCCAUGAAAUAUCGAGAAGAAUUAUUGUCUUCCAUGUUUGCUUGGUUGUUGUUGAUUGUGUGUGUGAAAAAGAAAUUAUUUUCGGAAAUGAAAUUACAAGAGGUGAGAUCGGAAGCAUUGAUUGAUGUCUUGCUCAAAAAGAGAACCAAGAAUAUGGACUCUACUUUGAAGAAUGUGACAAUCCAUGUAGAAACAAGAGAAACCACCGACGAUUUGGAUGAUCGAUGUUUGUUACAAUUAGCAAUUGUCAAACCUGAAUUGUUGUGGAGUAAUGACAAGAUGAUGAGAGACAUUUAUGAAAUGUGGCAGACAGAAACAAUAUUACACAAAAUUUAUGCCAUUAUUUAUUUCAACAAAAUGUCACCAGAAUUGUUGUUUUUGUUUGGUAACACACAAGUAGGAUCGGUCAUUUCAGGAAAUGUUUUAGAUAAAUUUGGAAAUGUGAAUACUGUACCAAAACAACCACAAUGGCAACACUUUGAGAAUUUUAAUUAUGUCAUGAAUCAUUGUGUAGAAAUUGCACAUUCAUUGAGACGAGCUCAGAAAGGUAUUCUCGAUCCAGAAAUUAAUUUCGAUAAGGAAUUCUUACUGGCCUCCAACAUGACUAGAGGAUACUAUGAAUCUGAAAUCAAAUUGAAACUAGAGAAUAUUACUACAAAGAAACAAGAACCCUCUCCUACCAGCAGUAAAAAGAAAGAAAGCAAGGAAAACAAAGAAGAGCUUGUCACAAUGAGUGAACAAUUCAGAAGUUUGUUUAUGAUUGACAGUGCAGGAGUGAGAUCAGAUCGAAAGAAAUGGCGUAAAAUUUUACUUUCCAAAUUGUAUCCAGAUCUUCAUGAAAAGAAGAAGAAGGAAACAUCCACAGAUGCUGGAAAGAAAAAGAAGAAGGAUAAGAAGGAAGCAUCAUCGAGUUCUGGAAACUUGGAGGGCACUCCUUCCUCUCUUCCAUUAUCUUCUUCAUCCACUUCUCAAUCUUGUGAAAUUUCUCCACAAAUUUAUUCACAACUCAAACCCAGUGGUGUUGCUAUAUUAUAUUUUGUAAGCUUGACGUCAUUCAAUCAAUAUUCGGUGGAUGACAUUUUAGGAUUAUAUGGAUCGACCAUUUCCAUUACUGUGGAUUCUAAAACACCUGGAAGUCCACUUCUCAAUAUUAAUAGUGACAAAAUUUUAACAGUCGAACGUCCAAUCUAUGUGAGUAGUAGUGAAGGCGGUGAAAAUGCACUUUCUGCUGAAGAAGAUCAUGAAGAACAAAAGCUUGUGAGCGUAUUGAAGUCUCCAAGAGGAACUGAAGUGAAUUUGAAACAUGUGGAUUUAUUAGAAAAGAAGAGAAUGAAAAAGAAAACAUUGAAACCUCCCAAGUAUAAGCCAUUGAUUGAUUCUGCAUCUUCCAUGUUCUUGUCACGUCAUCAAAGUUUGAAACAUAAUGGAUUAUUGACUCUUAAAAAUCAAUUAAUUGAUUCAUUAGAAUUCUUUAACAAGACUGUGAACAUGCCAGAAGUGACCAAUGUGCCAAUCAUUUUGGUAUUCACGAAAAAGGAGUCUCUCAAGAGAAAAUUAGUAUUUUGUGAUUUUUCUGAUAGUUUUUUCACAAGCUUACAAAAUCAAACUUCAGAAAUGGUACCCCUAGAUCCUCUUCCAGAAGAAAUUCUUUUAAAGAGACCAGUCAUGAUUGGAACUCAAAAAACUCACAUUUCUGCAAGAAAUUCUCCACUCCCGUCACCAUCCAUUCUUUCUUUGAAAUCAAUGAACAACUCUGACGCAUCACCAAGAUUAAUGAACGAGUUAAAGACUUCGAAAUUACUUUUGAAUCGAUUGAAAAAAGAAUUGGAUAGUGACGAUGUUGACUCGACACGUGUGGAAUCUCCAGUGAUUGAACAUUUAGUGAUUGCUUCAACAACUUUGGAAACAACCAACGCAAUUUCACAAUCUCAGCAAACUCAAUCGACUACUCCAUCUGAAUUGAAACCACCACCAUUGACUUCUGAACAAGAAACAUGGUCUGAAAAACAACUUGAAGAAACACAUGAUUACACACCAGAGAACGAAAAUCAUCAUCAACAAUUUCAGGAAACUAAGGAAGAUCACAACAAGAAUGAAGAAAAUGAAGAGAAUCAGACCACCAGUUCAAAUGACAAUAUCACUCGACAACCUUCUGAGACUUCCCUAAGACAAUCCCUUACUCGUGAUCGUCUUUUGGAUGUUUCCUCUGUGGGAAUGGCCAUUGGAGAGAGAAGACAAUUAGACAAUCGAUGUGUGAGUGUUUCCAUUAAUUUAACAACUUUGGAGCAACAAUUAGAACUUCAAAGAAAAGCCAUUCUUGAAUUAUUGGAUGACUCUGAAACCAUUCAGGCCAUGACAGAGACAUGCCUUAAAUUUUCAGAUCCCUAUGAAAAGAAGGUUCCAUUAACAGAAGAUGAUUUUAAGGAACCAGAACAACCAAGAAGUGUUUCUGAUGAAUAUUCUCAGCUUGUCAUUGAUUACAUUGCAAAACAAUUCUUGAAUCAAGUGAAAAACGAAGAAAAGAGAAAACAAAUUGAACAACAAAUUAUUGUUUUGGAUAUUUUCAAUAGAGAUGAAAUGGAAAAAGUUCUCAAAGAACUCAUUCAUAAGACAUGUUAA